AUGGAUAUUGGAGAUUGUCCCUUCAGGAAGAAACGGAGACCAUGGCGCAUGGACUUCUCAUCCUUCGCCUUGGUAACGGUGGCGCUCGCCUUGUGCCAAAGCACCGUGGUUCGGGCAGACCCAGUGGAUGUGUUACGGGCUCUGCAGGUUCCCUCUCUCCCUGAGGGUGUGAAGAAAGUCCCAGGCUUCUGCACAUCCCGUCGCUCCGGCAGCCCCGAUCACGCUUACCGCAUCGCCAAGAAGGCCCAGAUCUCUGCCCCCACCAAGCAGCUCUUCUCAGGUCGUUUCCCGGAGAACUUCUCCAUCAUGGCUCUGGUUAAGGCCCAGGCCGGGCUCCAGGCCUUCCUCCUCUCCAUCUACAGUGAGCAGGGCAUCCAGCAGCUGGGCAUCGAGCUGGGACGUUCACCCGUUUUCCUGUACGAAGACCAGAACGGCAAGCCAGCCCCCGAGGACUACCCACUUUUCAAAGGCGUCAAUCUGGCUGAUGGCAAGUGGCAUCGCAUCGCUUUCUCUGUUUCCAAGAAAAACGUGACACUGCUGCUGGACUGCAAAAAGAGCAUGACCCGCGCUCUGCCCCGUGGCCACAACGCAGAGGUCGACACCAACGGCAUCACAGUGUUUGGAGCUCGUCUGCUCGAUGAAGAAGUUUUCCAAGGAGACAUCCAGCAACUGCUGAUCGCCUCCAACCCCCAGGCUGCCUAUGACUUCUGUGAACACUACAGCCCUGACUGUGACUCCCCUCUGCCCAAGACCCAGGCUCAGGACCCCAACACAUACGAUGUAGACACUGAAUAUUCUGAGGCUGGCCACACCCCUACAGAGACUGAUUAUCACUAUGAGGAGACGGUCCCACUGCCAGACGGUGAGGUGAUUGGACAAGACGAGAACUCUGUACAGCCUCAGGUGGACCCAGCAUUGGUGGGAGAGGAGGUAGAUGCCACCAAGGCAGGCGGCGUGGGCGAGGAGGUCUUCACUGAGGAGUAUGUGACUGGGGACCUGGGCCUUAAGGAAUACGACUAUUCCUACAGGGACUACAGUGACCCAUUACCAGAGACUGGAGAGGUUGAUGCCAACAUGGGCCCCGCCCUGUCCGCUGUGACAGACGAGGGAGGCGCCGCCGUUAGAGGACAGAAAGGAGAGAAAGGAGAGCCUGCCGUCUUGGAGCCUGGUAUGCUGAUUGAAGGCCCUCCAGGACCUGAGGGACCCGCUGGGCCUACUGGACCUCCUGGCUCUUCUGGACCUCCUGGCUCUGUUGGUGACCCUGGAGAGAGGGGCCCUCCUGGUAGGCCUGGUCUGCCUGGAGCUGAUGGAGUCCCUGGACCUCCUGGAACCUCAGUCAUGCUGCCUUUCCGUUUUGGGCAGAGUGGAGGAGAUAAGGGUCCUGUUGUUUCUGCACAGGAAGCUCAGGCAGCGGCCAUCUUGUCUCAGGCCAGGAUGGCUCUGAAAGGACCUCCUGGACCGAUGGGAUUCACUGGGCGCCCUGGACCCCUGGGAAAUCCAGGAAGUUCAGGUUUGAAAGGAGAAGGUGGAGACCCCGGUCCUCAGGGACCCAGGGGUUCCCCAGGUUUGAUGGGACCUCCAGGCAAAGCAGGACGAAGAGGUCGUGCUGGAGCUGAUGGUGCCAGGGGAAUGCCAGGAGAGCCUGGAAUUAAGGGCGACCGUGGUUUUGAUGGUCUUCCUGGUUUGCCUGGUGACAAAGGGCACAGGGGUGACACAGGAUCAAUGGGAUCACCUGGACCUCAAGGAGAGGACGGAGAGCGGGGAGAUGACGGAGAUGUUGGACCCAGGGGUCUCCCAGGUGAACCAGGACCUCGUGGUUUGCUCGGACCCAAAGGUCCUCCUGGAAUCUCUGGACCUCCUGGUGUACGAGGAAAUGAUGGACCCCAUGGUCCCAAAGGAAACUUGGGUCCUCAAGGUGAGCCAGGACCUCCAGGUCAGCAGGGAACCCCAGGAACUCAGGGAAUGCCAGGACCUCAGGGAGCCAUUGGACCUCCUGGAGAGAAAGGUCCCACCGGAAAACCAGGUCUGCCAGGAAUGCCUGGAGCUGAUGGCCCUCCUGGUCACCCAGGAAAAGAGGGACCUACUGGCACCAAAGGAAACCAGGGUCCCAAUGGUCCUCAGGGAGCUAUUGGCUAUCCUGGCCCUCGUGGCAUCAAGGGAGCUCAAGGAAUCCGUGGAUUGAAGGGCCACAAAGGAGAGAAGGGAGAAGAUGGUUUCCCUGGAAUUAAAGGAGAUUUUGGUACCAAGGGAGAGCGGGGUGAGGUUGGAGUACCAGGACCCAGAGGAGAGGAUGGUCCAGAGGGGCCAAAGGGUCGCAUUGGACCCCCUGGUGAGAUUGGACCACUUGGACUUAGUGGAGAGAAGGGUAAACUUGGUGUACAUGGACUUCCUGGAUAUCCUGGAAGACAAGGACCCAAAGGAUCUCUUGGUUUCCCCGGAUUCCCAGGUUCCAACGGCGAGAAGGGAACAAGGGGCCUUACUGGAAAAGCAGGACCAAGAGGACAGAGAGGACCAACGGGCCCCAGGGGGCAGAGAGGACCGAGGGGCGCAACUGGGAAACCAGGAGCAAAGGGAACAUCUGGAAGUGAUGGGCCUUCUGGUCCUCCUGGAGAGAGGGGAUUGCCCGGACCUCAGGGAGCCAAUGGAUUCCCCGGACCAAAGGGACCUCCUGGACCACCAGGAAAGGAUGGACUGCCUGGACAUCCUGGUCAGAGAGGAGAAGUUGGUUUCCAAGGUAAAAUGGGUCCACCUGGGCCUCCUGGAGUUGUUGGACCUCAGGGUCCAUCAGGAGAGACCGGUCCAAUGGGUGAGCGUGGCCAUCCCGGACCCCCAGGUCCACCUGGAGAGCAGGGACUUUCUGGUCCCUCAGGAAAGGAGGGCACCAAGGGAGACCCUGGACCCCCAGGAGGCCCCGGUAAAGACGGACCUCCAGGACUGAGAGGUUUCCCUGGAGAGAGAGGACUGCCUGGAACCCCUGGCGGUGGUGGACUGAAAGGAAGUGAAGGACCUGCUGGACCUCCUGGACCUGCUGGGUCUCCUGGUGAAAGGGGGGCCGCUGGUACUGCUGGGCCUGUUGGACCUCCUGGCAGACCAGGACCUCAGGGGCCACCUGGACCUGCUGGAGAGAAGGGAGUUGGUGGUGAGAAAGGCCCCAUUGGCCCAGCAGGUCGGGAUGGAGUGCAGGGUCCAGUGGGUCUGCCUGGCCCAGCCGGACCACCUGGAGUCCCUGGAGAGGAUGGAGACAAGGGUGAAGUUGGAGAACAUGGUCAGAAGGGUGCCAAGGGAGCCAAAGGAGAGCAUGGUCCUCCUGGUCCACCCGGGCCAAUGGGUCCCGUCGGUCAGCCUGGUCCUGCUGGUGCAGAUGGAGAGCUUGGACCGAGGGGCCAGCAGGGGCCUUUUGGAGCUAAAGGUGAUGAAGGAACUCGAGGAUUCCCAGGAGCCCCAGGACCAAUCGGCCUACAGGGAUUGCCAGGACCGUCUGGUGAGAAGGGAGAGACGGGAGAUGUUGGGCCUCUGGGUCCUCCAGGCCCUCCAGGACCCCGCGGCCCUGCUGGACCCAACGGAGCUGACGGUCCUCAAGGUGGUCCUGGUGGUAUAGGUAAUCCUGGACCUCUUGGAGAGAAGGGAGAGCCUGGUGAGGCCGGACCACCUGGAAUUGUAGGAGAGCCUGGAAAGAAGGGUCCUCGUGGAGAGCGUGGAGAGAAGGGAGAGGCUGGACAACCUGGAACUGCUGGACCUGCUGGAGGACGAGGACGACCUGGAGACGAUGGACCCAAAGGAAACCCUGGCCCUGUUGGUUUCCCUGGUGAUCCUGGUCCCCCUGGUGAGGUUGGACCCAGAGGUCAAGAUGGCGCCAAGGGAGAGAGAGGAGAGGACGGGGAACAAGGAGAGUCUGGUUCUCCAGGACCUCCUGGUGAGAACGGACCUCCCGGCCCCCCAGGAAAGAGAGGUCCUGCUGGAACAAGAGGACCAGAGGGACGUCAGGGAGAGAAGGGAACCAAGGGAGAUUCAGGUGCAGUUGGCCCCCCAGGAAAGACCGGCCCUGUUGGCCCCCAGGGUCCACCAGGAAAACCAGGAACAGAAGGUCUUAGAGGACUCCCAGGAUCAGUGGGUGAACAAGGAUCUCCAGGACCUGCUGGACAGAAAGGACCACCUGGACCUAUUGGACCUCCUGGUUUGCUUGGUCUGCGUGGAGACUCCGGAGCCAAGGGAGAGAAGGGACACCCGGGUCUUAUCGGACUCAUCGGACCCCCAGGAGAGCAGGGAGAGAAGGGAGACCGAGGUCUGCCUGGGCCUCAGGGAUCCACUGGACCCAAAGGAGAGAACGGAAUGCCUGGAGGCACCGGACCUCUCGGCCCUGCUGGUCCUCCUGGUCUGCCUGGUCCUCAAGGUAUCAAAGGAGCUAAGGGUGCUAGUGGAGGAGCUGGUCCCAAAGGAGAAAAGGGUGUACAAGGACCUCCUGGACCUCCUGGCCCACCAGGCGAGGUCAUUCAGCCUCUGCCCAUCCAGAGGAGUCCCAAGUCCAAACGCUCCAUCGAUGCCAGCCAGCUUCUCCCAGAGUUUGACUCUGACAUGCCUGCUUCCGACGCCACUGGCACUAAGCUCCUGACGGGCAGUGAAGGCAUGGAGGAGAUCUUUGGCUCUCUCAACUCACUUCGACAGGAGAUCGAGACCAUGCGUUUCCCUCUGGGCACCCAGGACAGCCCCGCCCGCACCUGCCAGGACCUGCACCUCAGCCAGCCAGGACUCACAGACGGAGAAUACUGGAUCGACCCCAACCAGGGCUGCUCCAGAGACUCCUUCAAGGUCUUCUGUAAUUUCACAAAUGGAGAGACGUGCCUGUACCCCAGCAAGAGCAUCAACACGGUGAAGAUGAACUCCUGGGACAAAGAGACUCCAGGAUCGUGGUACAGUCAGUUUGCCACUGGUAGUAAGUUCUCCUACGUCGACUCUAACGGUGAGCCCGUGGGUGUGGUCCAGCUGGGCUUCCUGCGUCUCCUGAGCAUCCAGGCCCGCCAGAACCUCACCUACCACUGCCACCGCUCAGUGGCCUGGGCUGACCGAAGUGCCAAGAACAACUACAACAGAGCGCUGCACCUCCAGGGUGCCAACGACGAAGAGCUGAGCUACGAGACCAACCCUUACAUCAAAGCUUUGGUCGAUGGCUGCUCUUAUCGUAAGGGCUUUGACAGGACAGUCCUGGAGAUCAACACGCCUCAGGUGGAGCAUCUUCCUCUGUUGGAUAUCAAGGUGUCAGACUUUGGGGAGAGCAACCAGCAGUUUGGCUUUGAAGUGGGACCUGUCUGUUUCCAAGGCUAAAAACACACACACACACACACACCAUGCAGAGAACAACACAUGCAAAUACUCACACACAUGCACUUAGAGACACACUUAUAUAUGAUAAACAUACAUGCCCAUUAAUUUGUAAAUUAACUUGUAAAUGAUAUAAAAAAAAUACACACAACACACACAAAACCCACAAACACACACACACACUUUACAAAUGCUGUUGUGAGACGAACACGCUCUCACACUCAAGAGGGAAGGCGACAUCCUCCCAACAAUUAAAGGACGACAUAAAAGCAAAGAGGAGAGAAGUGCAAAAACAAACUCGCGGAGAGGAGACCAUCGACUGGGUGCACGACCGCGAGGAAGGAAGGCGAAACCAGGAGAGAUGUUCUACGGAAUAAAACAGUGUUUUCUGUACCAGCAGCGUCAGCGGUCGGCCUGAGAGAGAACGAGCCGACAGCCUGACGCCUGAAGCCCCCGUCUCUGAUCCCCCUCUCACUCCUCUCUCCUCCCCGCUGUCUCUCUUCUUUUCCACUCAUAUCACCUGCUCUACCUCCCCCUUCCUCUUCCCAAAGAAAAAAAGGGUCACACUCAGACAGCGCUCUUUAAUCCCACGUUCACGCUGCAAGUAACAUGACUGAGUCGCUGUUUUAUGAUUCAUCAGAGCUGCAGGAGGCUCCUGAGUAGCUGUCUUCAUCUGAACAGUUAAAUCGUGUUUUUGGUUCACAGCUUUGGCUUUUGUUGGGUGUGUAUUCCUUCAGCCAUAAAAAGUUCUGAAUCUACUUUUUUAGAUGUUUUGCACUUGCCAGGCAGAGCUUCUACUCAUGAACCAGUCAGAUCAAAACAGCAGAUGGCAAACUCCAGUAAAUGACAGCGAGUCCUCACAAAUGUUCAGCUGUUACUGAUGCAAACCUUUUGGGCAUCUUUAGAAGGACUAACUGAGGCAGUCGUCUUGUUGUGUAGGAUGUGAACAUAAAGUGUCUUGUCGAUCAUGUUGCUUACAGAGUAGCUCUUAUCUGAUUACAUCAAAAAGAACCAAAGAAUUGAUGCCACCAGUUUCCACCAGAAUACAAACAGGGAACUGACCACAUGUUACCGGCACGUUCCUGCUUAUUUGAUUUAUCUGUUUUUUCUUGUUUAAGCUACAACCAAGUGAAUUUUUUACUCUUUGUAACGUUCUCUUCACUGCCACCUUCUAGUUUUUAUUCAAACUGUCUAAAAAUGUGAUUCACAGCUUAAACCGUUGAUUAAAAAUGAGUUCUCGUGUUAUUCAGCGAGGUUGAUUGAGUCCGGUGUGACGCGGGAUUUGUUCGUGUUCGAGCUGGACGAGCAGCAAAAACUCUUUGAAUUCUUAAUUUAACAUUAGACGGUCUGUUUGUGCAUGCAGUGAGGCAGGAGAGGAGGUGUGUUCAUAUCUAGGUCAGUGAAAUUAAAGCCAUUAUUUUUGUAAACUGUGCUAAAUGUGAUGCUCUUUAUUUGCAUAUUACCUUUGAAAAGAGCUGAUUCUCCUUUAAAUCACGGAUCAGACUACCAGGGUCGCUACCACACUCCACUUCAGUAUUUGCUGAGUCACUUUCUGGGUGCUUUGAUUAUUGUUUUCCAUCCAGAACACAUUUUUUCUGAUUUAGCAUCCGAGCACAGGACAUCGUCAGGGUUUAAAUAUGUAUACGAGACUCAAAGUUCCCUCCUGUUUUCUGCAGCAGUGAAUAAAAACGCCUGCUUUACUGAAAGAAACUGUGUGGCAAGGUGCUAAUUACACGAAAGCGUCAAAAAGUUUCAGCAUCCACUCUGAGUCUUCCACUCUCUUUAGCCUGUUUUUACAGUUUCCUGAAGCGUUUUACUGGGGAAGAUGUGCAUUACAUUCCAUUUGUACAGAAAUAGUGAUAUUCUAUUGUAUUUAUUUAAAACAAACAGGGUGCUUUGAGAUUUUAAAAAGAAAAAAAGCAAGAACCAACAAAUAUUUCAGCCAAAUGUGGUGUAUUUCAUUUGUAUUUAUUACCUGCAGCUGACACUUGAAGUAAAGCGAGUGACUCAUGUUCAGCUCACUGUCAGUCUGACUCAUGGUGCUUCUGUUUACGCCCUGUCCAAGCUCCUUUUGUACAACCAAAGAAUCUGUGGCCACAUUUUAUUGUAACAUCCCUUUUUAGUGUUUUCAUCGCCUGUACUGUGCUGUUAAAUUUUGCUUCCACUGUAAUGAUUAAAUGGUGACUCUCCA